UCAGACAAUUCCUCCGACCGUUGCUUAUGCCAUGACUUGUGCCCUCGCCGUUUCUCCCUUCCAAGUUGUCUCGUCACGCAAGAAUGCCACCGCCACCCAAAGUUCCAAGGAACCACCAAUCUCCCCCGCGAGUCUUCAUGCCACCACCAUUGCGACAGCCGCGGACUUCUUCACCCCAUCGCAACUCCAGCAGCUCCAUGCCCGCCUCAUCAAGUCCGGCCUCCCACCCUCGUCCUCGGCCUCCGCCCUUCCCCUCCCCCGCGUAGCGGCCGUCUGCGCCCUCUCCUCGCCCUCCGCCUUCUCCUACGCCCGCCGGCUCUUCGGCCUCUCCGACGCUGCCUCCGAGACCGUCCUCUGGAACUCCCAUCUCAACACCCUCUCCUCCUCCCCCUCACCCGCCGACGCCCUCGCGCUCUUCUCCCGCCUCCGCUUCGCCGGCGUCGCCUCCGACGUCUUCACCCUCUCCUUCGUCCUCAAGGCCUGCUCCCGCACCCCCUCCGCCCUGCCCCUUGGCCGCGCGGUCCACGCCCUCGUCGAGAAGCUCGGCUUCCGCUCCGACGUCUUCCUGCUCAACACCCUCGUCCACAUGUACGCCUCCCGCGGCGACAUUUCCGCCGCGAGGCUGCUGUUCGAUGUCAUACCGGCGAAGGACGUGGUCACUUGGAACAUUAUGAUCACGCACUACACCAAGACCGGGGAGAUGGAGAUCGCCCGCCACCUCUUCGAUUUAAUGCCCGAGAGGAGCGUCCGGUCGUGGACGGCGAUGAUAGCUGGGUACGGCCAGUGGAAGAAGCCGCGGGAAGCCGUCCGGUUAUUCCGCGAGAUGGAGUCCGCGGGCGUGCAGCCGAACGAGGUCACCGUCGUCGCCGUGCUUGCGGCCUGUGCCGACCUCGGGGAGCUGGACUUGGGGAAGCGGGUCCAUGAGUUCGCCAAGCGGUGCUCGUUCCAGAAGAACAACGUGCGCGUCUGCAACACGCUGAUCGACAUGUACAUAAACUGCGGGUGCGUCGAGAAGGCUCGCCAAGUGUUCGACGAAAUGGCGGAACGGACCGUGGUGUCAUGGUCAGCAAUGAUUGGCGGGCACGCAAUGCACGGGCAAGGUGAGGAAGCCCUGAAGCUCUUUUCGAGGAUGAGGGAAGCGGGCAUGGAGCCGAACGGAGUCACCUUCGUGGGGCUUCUGCACGCGUGCAGCCACAUGGGGCUGUUGGAGGAGGGGAAGCGGUUCUUUAGUAGCAUGACAGAAGACUACGGCAUAGUGCCGGAGAUCGAGCACUACGGUUGCAUGGUCGACCUCCUCAGCCGUGCAGGGUUCCUCGAGGAAGCCCGAGAGUUCAUCAGGGAGAUGCCGGUCAAGGCCAACAGCGUCGUCUGGGGGGCGCUCCUGGGCGGGGCCAAAGUGCACAAGAACAUCAACAUGGGGGAGGAAGCGAUACGGCAUCUUGUGGAAUUGGACCCCCUCAACGAUGGCUACUACGUUGUGCUGUCGAACAUCUACGCCGAUGCAGGGAGGUGGGAGGACGUAGCGAAAGUGCGGCGGAUGAUGAAGGACCGAGGACUGAAGAAGACGCCGGGGUGGAGCACCAUAUCUUUGGAUGAUGAGGUGGUGCACGAGUUUGUGGCAGGGGAGAGCGAUCAUCCUCGGAUCGAGGAGGUCUACAGAGGGUGGGAUGAGCUUUUGGAGAAGUUGAGGUGCCGAGGUUACGUGCCAGACACGUCAGCAGUGCUGCUGGACAUGGAUGAGAAGGAGAAGGAGAAGGUGUUGUAUCGGCACAGCGAGAAGCUUGCAGUCGUGUUUGGGCUGAUGAACACGCGGGCGGGAAGACCAAUUAGGAUCAUGAAGAACCUUAGAGUUUGCAGUGACUGUCAUGCGGCUCUGAAGUUGAUAUCUGAGGUUACCGACCGCGAAAUUGUUGUCCGGGACAGAAACAGGUUUCACUGCUUCAAACACGGGUCUUGUUCUUGUAGAGAUUAUUGGUAGGUUUUGCAGUCUGUACAA